CAGCUACCCGUACUUCCACGCCCAUUAGGCGUGCCCAAUCCACCCACUUCAAGACCAAAAACUUGGGGUGAGAAGAGAGCCGAGUUGUUAGAUGAGGAUCGACAUAAGGCAAAACGAAAGGCAUUAAUCAAAGAAGCAUCUCAGGGCUAUUUUCACGAUUACAACCGUGCUCGUUCUGCCAACGGAGGGAAACUUUGGACAGCACCUCCAGUCUUGAUUCGAGAGGAUAUGGCUCAAUAUUUUCCUGACAUCCAAGGAAAAGCUCUUACAGGCGAGACUGUUCAUACCACCGAUCUCUUACUUGGCAAAGUGACCCUUUUGGCUAUACUGAGUACUCGACUUUCAGAGGAACACGUCUCAUCUUUUUGUCAACCUGUGUUGGACGAUUGGUCCACUUCACCUCUUUUCUCUCACGUUCAGAUAAAUCAUCAGGAUAAUCUUCUCAAAUCCCUUUUACUCAAUUUCCUGGUAUCAUCGUUGAAACGUACCGUCCCUGAGAACAGAUGGGGAACGUAUAUGAUUUCCGGAGGUGAAUGGUCUUCGUACGAUAUGACAUCGCCUUUGGGCAUCGAAAAUAAGCUGCUGGGAUACGUAUACCUCAUCGAUCCCAAUGCCAAGAUCCGUUGGGCGGGGAACGCGAUGGCUUCGGAAGAAGAAGUCGAUAAUCUUAGAAGAGCCACCGCGGUUCUCAUGAGACGUUUAGUGAAAGAG